ACUUUAAAAAUGGCGCUGUCGAUAUGAGAGAUGGGAUCGGCAGCAUACGUGGAUGUUCCGUGAGCAUAUGGAGCGGCGUCACGUUCGACGGGCAUCGUGAUAUGACACACGCGCCGAAUGUGCUGUGAAACACGGGGAGCACCGGCAUCUCGGCUUGCCUGAAAGGCGGUUUGGUCGGUGCCGUCCUCUUGGCAGAGCAGCACUUGUGAAGUUCUGGCAAGAUGCUCACAGCCUUUAAGAAGCUAGUGGGCAACAGCGGCGAUGGGGGAGGAGGCGCCGCUGGUGGAGGGAAGCACCAGCCCCCGUCGGGCAUGCAAGCCAUGGAGCAGAGCCUGCAAAAGCGCUUUGCUCGAGGUGUCCAGUACAACAUGAAGAUUGUCAUCAAGGGAGACCGCAAUGUGGGAAAGUCAUGUCUCUUGCUACGCUUGCAGGGUCAACCAUUCAAGGAGGAGUAUCUGCCCAGUGACGAGAUCCAGGUGGCCAGUAUCCAAUGGAGCUACAAGGCCACAGAUGACAUCGUCAAGGUGGAGGUCUGGGAUGUAGUGGACAAAGGCAAGAAGCGGAAGCCCAUCAAGGGUCUGAAGCUGGACAACUCGGUGGCUGAUGCUCAAGGGGUACCUGAGGAGGCUGCCCUGGAUGCAGAGUUUAUCGAUGUGUACAAGGGCACAAACGGGGUUGUCAUGAUGCUAGACAUCACCAAACAGUGGACGUUUGACUAUGUGCAGCGCGAGCUGCCCAAGGUUCCGGCCAACAUUCCAGUUCUGGUUCUGGCCAACCAUCUAGACAUGAAGCACCACCGAAACAUCACCGAGGACCAAGUGCGCUUCUAUGUUGAAUCCGUAGAGCGGCCCCCGGGCAGUGCCCAGAUCCGCUAUGCGGAGUCCUCGCUGCGCAAUGGCUUUGGCCUCAAGUUCCUGUACAAGUGGUUCAACCUGCCUUUCCUCCAGCUGCAGCGGGAGAGCUUGCUGCUGCAGCUGGAGCGCAACAGCCAGGAGACAAAUGCGACCAACGAUGAACUGGACAUGCUGCAGGAAUCUGAGGAGCAGAACUAUGAGUUGUUUGUUGAAACCCUCAACAAUCGGCGGCGGCAGAUGGCUGAACAGCUCUCAUCAGCCUCUAAGUUUGCAGAGGCAGCAGCCACUAUGCCAAAUGGAUUGCCUUCCAGUGCCACCACAGCCAACUUGGUGGGAGAGGCAGGCCGGAGACCGUCUGUUGGUGCCAAGGUGGGACCAGCACCCUCACGAAGCGUGUCAGUGCCCAGUUCGCUGGGACACGAAGCGCAGAGGGCGGUGGUAGGAGCUACGUUGCAUCCACCACAAGUCCAACAGCAGCAGUCGCGGCUUCAGCAAACACAGUCACCCAGGAAGCCUGCUGUUUCACCUACAAUUGAACAAGGAUACCAUGUCCAAAAAGCAUCACCAGCUGCAUCAAAUAGUGAUGCUAUUGCUUCUACUAAAGCAUCAUCAGGAAGUGCACCAUCACCGACAGCAUCAGUAGGCACCCCGACAAAACAAGCUGCCAGCCUCAUGUCAAAACUUUUCAAUAAGAAACCAGAGAGGGAGGAGUGUAUGGUGGUGCAAGCUGACGUGCAUGUGCCGCCACCAAUGAGCUCUUCAGCCAUGGCUGUUCACAAUGUUGAUGACUUCGUGCCAGAUGGUGAUGCCAGCUUCAACAGCUUUUUAGAAGAACGUGAUGCUGACACUGGUGCUGCUGCAUCAUCUGCCCUUGACGACGAAAGUGUCAGCGAUGAGGAUGACUCUGGUGGCAACCCUCUGGUCACUGGAUUCCAGGACGAUGUAGACCCUGAGGACUUUCGUCCAGGUCGGGCAGCUGGUGACUUGCCGGCUUCUGUGGUGCCUGUGAGCCACAGAGACUCCCAAGAUGAAGAAGAUGCUUUGUGUGGGGUUAGCAACAGUGCACGAGAGCCUUCAGAGGAAUCAUUUCUAUCAAGGGAAGAGAUAAGCCGAGAGGAUCCUGAUGGAACAUCGUCACCAGCUGCUCCUGAGAAUGUGCCAACAGAGCAGGCAACAUUCUGGAGCAUGCCCAGUGAGGACCUGAACUUUUUAGAGAAGAGGUACACUGGCCUUCCUCCACAACUUGAUAAAGCCACUUCCGUGCCAAAACAUCAGCAGAAGCUUGGUGGUGCUUCUGGUGCAGCCAGUGACACUCACGAGGAUGAUGAUGCUUCCAUCACGAAGCAUAAGAAGCACAAGCACAAGUCCAAAAAGGAUGACAGCGAGAGGAGCCAGAAGCAUCGAAAAGAGAGGACCAAGGACAAGUCAAGCAGGGAUAAGGACAAAGGCAAUGAUGAAUCCAGUGACAAAGCUAAGAAAAAGUCUCACCGCAAGCAUCGCAAGGCAGUGGAAGAAAGCUCUUCAGAUGCAGAAAGGCUGGAGGCUUUCCUGGGCGCUGCUGAUGACGUCGGUGUAGAGCGAGCGGCUGAAGCAUAUGAAUCGUUGUGACAUAUCCACUUUGUAGAUAGUGGUGUUGAAGUAUACUAGUUUGUGCAGAGUGUCAGUGGUGACAGAGCAGGAACAUGCAUGCUACCAUAACAGAAGAUGUAUGUACCAGAGAAACAUCCCACAGAUAUACUUUAGGUUUGGACUGACAACAUAACUUCUGGUAUCAGCAGCUUCCUUUCUACUGACAAUGGCAGCAUCAACUUGAAGGUGCUGUUAAAGCUGAUGCUAGAGGACUUGUGCCAACAGUUUGCUUGUUCUAAUAGCAUGUUGAUAUCACUGGUGAGGUAGCAAUACUCCAGCUUUUUAGGUAUUGCUUAACCUAUACAGUGGUACACAAAAGAUUGUCAGGCCAGAACUCGGCUGUAUUUGGUGUGCUUAAACUGAGCAACUGUAUGUGAAGUGCUGCUACCACUGUGGCACUAGCCUAAUGCAGCACCUGAAUAGUGUGGCACUGUGUUGCCUAAUGAUGCUGCUGGCUACCGGCAAUACAGUCACUAGCGCGUGAACCCUCAUGCGGCAAGUAUUGUUGGAACCUGGGUUAGUGUUAUGAACCAUACUGAAGUAGUGGUUGCAGUUAGAACUUGUAGCACUUGGCAGUUAUAUACGGCACACUGCACACGUCUUUCAUGUGCCAGCCAACAGUGUCAAUGCCGAGUAACUAAUAUUUACUACUGCUACCAGUGAUGCUUCUUUCAGUGGAAAGAGUGACGGUAACCUAUGCUGUUGGGCUUUGCAACAGGUAAUCCAAAAAGUGUUUGCGAAGUAAAGUAUUCAGUGGUUGACAGGCAGAUAAAUUAUUUGCAUCAUUAAUCUCAUUUUGUUUUGUGCACUGAAAGCAAUGUUCACUCAUGUUCAGGGAGCAUCAGAAAAUGACCAUGACUAAUGAAAAAAACAUUUUUUUCUGAGAGAGUCAUUGUAGAUAGCUGUUCAUGGUUAAAAGUGUUUAUCUUUGAGGAACACUCCAAGUGCUGUUUGCAAGGCACCAGCUCGAAUAAUUACACAAAACAGGGGGCGGGAACACAUUGGUUAUUCACUGUGCACAGUACCAUCGUUGGUCAUUUCAGGUCGUGCUUCCAAGUGCUGAUAGUCUGGUAACCCUUUUGCUAAAAUUCCCAGGUGGUGCCUGAAAGGCAGCCACAUGCAUGAAUUGGUUGUUGCACCCAUGAGGCAGUAUGUUCCGAGUAGAGUUUCAGGCAGCACAUUUCACAAGGUAUCUCUUUGGCCACAAACAACUUUUGAAUUGGAAAAGACUGCCAAGAAGUGUACCCUGGAUUAUGUACACAACAGAUUUCAAAUUUAUCCUCUGUAUAGCAUGAGUGUGCUACAGCUAACCUGCUAACAUGUUGCACAGGAGACAUUGACAUGUCAGAUGAACUUUGUUGUAUUUACGUGCCAGCCAGUGACACUCUUCGAGGGCAGAGCUGUCACACCUGCAGGUGUUGAUAUAGACUUGUAUGUAUUGAAAAUAGGGGCACAUUUAUGUAACUCCACUUUACAGGCUUGCAACUAUGUUGAAACAUGCAACGGGUACUAUAUACUGCUUGUUGCUGCAGUGAAGCUAACAAAUCUGAGUACUGUUUAGCUCUGUUGUUGUAAGUUAUUGGUGAACUUUGCUGUGGGAAGGCAUGUAUGUCUUCAUGAUUAAAUGCAAAUCAUCUUGUUUUUAUGGACCUGUAUGGUCACUGUGAUGAGCGCUCCUUAUUGAAUGCUUGAUUGUUGUGUACUAGAAUGUUCUGUUUAUGGAGGCUCCUGCGAAUAGAAAAAUCUCGAGGCAUCAUUCUGUCCUCACUUUGAACAACUUCCUCUCAAAGUUUGCAUUGAUUGUUAUUUGUUUGCCUUUUACCAGUGUUUCAUACUUUUCAGUUUGUAACCUCAUAUUCUGAAACUUUUUAAAGCACGUUUGACAAGGUCCAGAUCACAUAUAUGUACUUGUGGCAUCAGUGUCGUACAUUUAAUUACUCCAGCUGGCCACAAGUUGCUAUGAACAGGGGUGGGACCUGCGCCGAUUGGGCCAUUUUGAUACAAACACAGGUUCUUGCGCCAGACUGUGCCAGAACAACUUUGGCAUGUGUGCUCCGGCAGUGACCUUGAACAGCGAGUGGAUUCGUUCUCCGAAGAGAGAGAGGGAAGUAAGCUUUAUUACAGAUGUAUUAGUUGUUGAGACCCUGGCGAAGGAGCUAGUGUGGAAGCCAUGUGGCCGCAAUGCUGUUAGCCCACUCUGUCAGCAUGACUUGGCAGUUUGGGUCAUCAGUCUUUAUUGUACACUCCCCGGCCUUGAGUGUGGGAGCUUGCUGAAGAAUCGUUCAAGGUGGGGGGUUGGAUGGGCACACCCAAAGUAUGCGAUCUUGGUCUGUGGUUAGUGCUUCGCAGUACCUGCAGUUAGGUUUAAACUCUUGCCUAGAAAUUUUAGCCAACCUUUUGGUGCUUAGCAUGGAUCGAGUCUGUGCCCACUGUAGAGACGUGACCUGCUCCCAAAAGAGAAUCGUGCUCGGGAACGGAUAUGCUCUGCGCAAAUCCUUGUGAAAUUGAGUUAAUUCGUGAUAUGUGAGGAUGGGUUCAAGCCGGCCAUCCGGGUUGAGCGAUCCCACCUCCCGGUUAUCUGCUGCUUGGGCAGCUAUCUGAGCUGCUUCAUUACCUGGGUAGCCGGCAUGAGCUGGCACCCACAUUAGAUGGGUAGUGUCGUGAGGUUUGAGAAGUCUGCUUGUAAUGGGGUUGAUUGCCCCAAUAGAGUAGCUUCUUGUGGCCAAUUUAGAGUCGGACACAACAAAUUUAACAUCAGGUAGGGACGUGCCCAUGGCAAUUGCGGCGUCUCCCGCCUCCACAAUGGAGGACAUGUUGACUGUGGUGGAGCUAGUGGUUCGACCGCAGCCAUCAGCGGCAGCGAUUGUGCAAUAGCCAUUGCCUGUGCAAGCAGCGUCCACGUAGAUGGCCAGUUUAUUUUUAUGGCCUUGUCAGAGAGCGUCCACCCUGACUUUACGUCGAUCCAUGUUGUCCUUGCCCAUGUUUUUGGGGAAAGAGGUAGCGGUAAUUUUGGUGCGGAUGUUAUUAGGGAUUCAGCAGUGACGUGGGAUGUCUAAAACAGGAUUGUGCCCAUGGCCCAGAGUAUUUCCUGUCCUGUGGCAGUUCCGCAUAGUCUGAUCAUCUGUGGCCAUUUCUGUGCUUCAGUAAUUUCCUCUGCCAUAUUGUGAAUGCCAAGAGUUAGCAGCCGAUUGCUGUUGAUCCAUUUUGGCAGUUCAAGGGCCUGUUUAUAUUAUAGACUGUGCGGAUGAGGAUGUUGGCCUUGUCCAGGUCAACUUCCCUAAGAUGCAGGUGUGGGCACACGUAAGCUAUCCUGCUGAUUAGGAAGGCCUGUAUUAGUUGAUGUGCUUCUUUUUCUUUUAUGCCAUGCUGCCUACUCGACACCCUUCUGUGGAGGUUAUUUAGCUGCCUGGAUGUCGUCUGACGCCAAUUGAUGACUUCAUGAUGGUGCAUUUUUUUGUUGCACCCAUAGUCCAAGUAUACGAAUUUUGGGUAUUGGUGGGACCGGGUUCCUGCCUACUUGUGCGUGAAUAUGAGAAGGCCUAUUGGAGUCUGAGCCCAUUUUCCUUUUAUUCCAAAUGAUGAGUUAAAAAAAAAAAAGAAGGCUUGCCAAAAAAAUUUUUUCUCAGUAAAAGAAUGCAGCCGGUCACAUUUUACACACCACAUGAUGCCGCGUCCUUCACAGUUUCUCAUAAUUUUCAUGUUUAUAACACUGGACUUUUUGACACUUCCGGCAACUGAUCGGCGUCUGCGUAGUAGCUACUCUCGGCUGUUGUUGCUGCUGUCAGAACAGCCAGUGCGGCUGUACUCAGAGUGUAUUGGAAUACAGUUGAGCGGGCUGAGCGGCGUGGUGCUCCCUAGCUGAGGUGCAAAACAAUGAAAAGUAGGCUGAGGGCGCUGCGAAUGAACUAGAUAUUAGGGAGGCGCGCUUCGGCGGGUUCAGCGGGCAGGCAUCUUUGUCCCCAGGGCCUAACGUAAAACUAUUCUAAUCGGUUGUAAUCUUGCCCGUAUGGACGAGGCCUGAGCUAUUUUGACCAAUCAUGAAGGGCUAAUGGCCGAUUUGUAAUCAAAACAUAUUGGAAUAUUUUUAUGUUAUAUAAGAAAGUUAAGCAUUAGGUGCUUUGCAAUCGCCUUAGUCUAUUAUGUAAAAAUGGCUUUCAAAAGAAUUCAAUUUCACCCGAAAGGUGAAGGAUCAAUUGUGAUAGCAAAUUAGCAGACUGCUAUACGAAGUAAGGAUAGUAGCCUUAUCGGUCGUAUGAACUUGUAAACAUUUACUUACUAAAUUAAGCAUGGUGCCGCACGCACGAGUAAAUGUGAACACAUUUCACUCGGUCACCAUGCGCACUCGCUGUCAAAACGCUGAAAUGAGGAAGCGCAGCAGUAGCAGUAGGCGAAUUGACUUUCGUGCUGCCCCUCGCUUCAGUGCAAACUAAGCGGCGAAAACGCAGCGCACACGAAGCUAUCAGCACUCACCGCAUGCACUCUGUCCCCAUUGCAGAUCGCUUUCAAGGUAGGGCCCAUGCGGCCACGCCAUACGCAGCAGCCACCCGAGUAGAAUCCCCCCCCCUCCCAUUGCCUUGUGCGCGAAGGAAGAGGGCGUGCUUUCUCCCCGCUUUCCUUCCUUGCACACGUGAGAUUGAGCCGCUAUUGUCAGCUCACCCUCACACGAUUUCACUCGCACAUGCGGCAUACAGCACGCAGGGACAGUGUUAUCACUCUUGGACUUUAUACGAAACAUCACGGCGAUGGUGAUGCUGACAACGCCGACAUAAAUGCACCUGGUGCGUCCAUGUAAUUGCUAUUGCAAUAAUAAACCACAGUAGUUCAUAACACUGGCUUCUCCAUACAGUGUGUUGAAGCGCAUUUCUAGGCACUUCACCCAUACUGUCGAGACAUUAAAGAAAAUGUAUUUAUAAAAGAUGUCUUGUGCUACUUUUCGAAAUUUCAGACUCUCUAUUGUGGGAUGCAUGCUUUAGUGAGUGCUAUCACUAAUUAAAAAUCUACAGGCACUAUUACCAAAAUUUUGAUGCACUAGACAGUUUUAGUGUCAGAGUAAUCUGCUUCAGAAUUUAAAUUCAGCUUAGGAUGUUGCUUCAGACAGUUGCAGUAGAGCGCCCUUGUUGGUUUAUUCUGUUUCGUUGUAGUUUCGAAGUGCGCUGCCAUAUUCCAUAUUCCAUUAUUCCACCAAAAUUCAGAUUGGCCUGCUCCAAACUGCUUCAAAAUAAUAUUUUAUCUGGUCCAAAUUGCUCCAAAAUGCAAUUUUGUUGGCUCCAAAGUUCUCCAAAAGGCAAUUUUACUUGCUACAAAAAUUGCUCCAAGAUGACUUUGGGCAGUCCCACCCCUGUAUGAUAGCAAAUUCUGACAGUCACUUGCUUGGCCUGGAAAUUUAACAGGGUUACUUUGUGAGCUUUGAAUUGUACAGUUUCUUUUUUUGUGUGUUUCUUGCCUUGCUUUCUUAUUGAAAGUUUGAUUGUGUGCCUGUAUUUAUAGAGCACUAUAGAGCAUGACUAGUGAUGUUUCUUUGAAGUGACAUAAAAGAAGCUUGGAGAAUA